AGCUCUUUACAAAGUAACCUACCCAUUCAUCUCCACCAACCAAUUUUAACCACCUCCCUUUCUCCUCCACCACCACCUUCCCACUCUCAAACAACAUCAUGCUCCCUUUCAAACUCAAACCCACUCACUCCUCCAACUCCUUCACCACCAACACCCCUCCAAAUCCAACUCAAUGAACCACCCACUCCCACCCAGAACCCAACUCAAACCCACCACAACCUCUACCCUAUCUUCCCAAUUCACCCCAAAAUGCCACCACCUCAACCUCCACCUCAUCCUCCCUUCCUCCUCCAAACCCAAACCCCUCACCACCACCUGCUCCUCCUCCUCCCCAAUCCGACACCUCAUCUCCAUCCUCCGCUUCAUCCCCGACUGGGCCGACACCGUCCAGGAACGCGGCAUGUACAAAAACCGCGCCCUCUACGCCCACUCCGACUGGCGCACCCACCGUAGCUCCCUCCGCCACUUCCGCCACCUCCUCUCCAGCUUCUCCUCCCGCGUCAUCCUCUCCCUUGCCCCCCCCGUCACAUUCUUCACCGCCUUCGCCGCCGUCAUCUCCGCCUACAACUCCGCCGUACUCCUCCACUUUCUCCCUGAAUUCUUCCCCCUCCUCAGAGCCUCCACGCUACCUUACCAGCUCACCGCCCCCGCCCUCGCCCUCCUCCUUGUCUUCCGAACCGAAGCCUCCUACUCCAGAUACGUCGAGGGCAAGAAGGCUUGGACGAUGGUCCUUGCCGGUGCCCAUGAUUUUGCCAGGCAGGUCAUGGCUUUCGCUGAUGCUCCCUCUGAUUUUUCCCUCAAGAAGGCGCUCUUGCGUUAUAUCAUCGCCUUCCCUCUCGCCCUCAAGUGUCAUGUGCUGUAUGGAUCAGAUAUUAGGAGAGAUCUUCAACAUCUGUUAGAUGUAGAUGAUCUAGCGGUGAUCAUGAAUUCAAAACAUCCACCACGCUGCAUUAUUGAGUUUAUAUCACAGAGUAUUCGGCUGCUAAAAUUGGAGGAUUCUAGAAGAAAUGUCCUGCAAUCAAAGAUCACCUGUUUUCUUGAAGGAAUUGGCAUAUGCGAACAACUCAUGGGUAUUCCCAUUCCAUUGUCAUAUACUCGCUUGACGUCACGGUUUCUUGUCCUAUGGCAUCUGACACUCCCUAUCAUACUUUGGGAUGAUUGUCAAUGGAUUGUGGUUCCUGCUACCUUUAUUAGUGCUGCUUCUUUGUUCUGCAUUGAAGAAGUUGGAGUACUUAUAGAGGAGCCAUUUCCAAUGCUUGCACUUGAUGAUCUCUGCAAGAAGGCCCAAAACGACAUCCAAGAAGCCAUUGCAGCGGAGAACUCAAUUCAUGUGCACCUGGUUGCAAAGCAAAACCGCCACGCCAUAAAGCCUUCACCAAAUGGCAGGCCUAACUCUUAGAUGAAAGGUUCACUAUGACCUUCGUCUUCAACUUUUGAGGCUGAUCUCCAUGCAGUACUUGUUUAGCCCAAUUGAUUAUGGAUAGGAAUUAUAUGAUGAAAUCACUCAUGAUAAUCAUGCUACACUUGUACCAGCCCACCAAUUUCUUUAGGAAAUUGCCUCAAAUUCGCCUGGGCUUUAGGAAUGUAUUCUACUUAUGAAGGGGAUCUGUAUAUAUCAUAAAAUCAUAAUCGUGUAAAUAUAAAGUCUUAGGCCUUUAUUUGAAUAGAUCAUCAUCUAUGUAAUUUUAGUGCGUACUUUUGCUAUC